UGAAAUUUCACAAGUCAUUCCCCUUUUCCUGAAUUUUCACUCUCUUUCCCGCGACUCCCCAACUCUCCCAGUCUCUCCUGUGUCUAUAUCUGUCAAAUUAUUCUCAACUGGGGUUUUUCUCUCUCCAUACUUUUCAUCCCAGGCGCGUCGCUCAUACGGAUUUUGGUACCUUUAUUUAAGCAUCUGGUCUUUCUGUGGUUUUGAUCUGCCACUAAUCUCGCUCAUAGCUGCUCCAAAAGCACAUAAGUUAUAACUGAAGAGUUGAGAUGAAGAAGACAAGUUAGAAACUUAUGCUUAUCACUUGACCAGUUAAUUUAUUAAGUUCAACCUGCGAUGGACUGCAACAAGGACGAGGCCCUAAAGGCCAAAGAGCUUGCGGAGAAGAAAUUGCUGAAUAAUGACUUUGAAGGGGCUAAAAAGGUUGCGGUGAAAGCCGAACGACUUUACCCUCAACUGGAGAACAUUUCCCAGUUACUUGCUGUCUGUAAUGUUCACUGUUCAUCUCAAAACAAAGUAGUGGGAUCAGAAAGGGACUGGUAUGGGAUUCUUCAAAUUGAUAAGUUCUCUGAUGAAUCGACCAUCAAAAAACAAUAUCGGAGACUUGCACUCGUGCUUCAUCCUGACAAGAAUAAGUUGCCUGGUGCAGAGGCAGCUUUCAAGCUAAUUGUGGAAGCAAAUAUGGUUCUCUCUGACCCAGUUAAAAGGUCUUCAUACGAUAAUAAGUGUAAAGUUCUAUCCAAAUCUUUCGUAGCAAAGCAACCACCUCAUCAGGUUAAUCGAUAUCCAUUUGUCAGGCAAAACAAUAUUAACAAUGGUUUCAAUGCUCCGUUCAAUACUCUAAAUAACCGUCAAUCUACACAACCAGCUUCAUCUACAGUGCAGGAAACGUUCUGGACAGAGUGCCCCUCUUGCAAAGUUAGAUACCAGUAUUAUAGUAAUUAUGUGAACAGUGCUCUGCGCUGCCAGAAAUGCUCGAAGCCUUUUAUAGCAUUUGAUAUAGGUUCUCAAGGUGUCCCUCCUGGACCCAAAUGGAGUCAGCCUGCAUUUCAGGAUGUGCCCCUUAAAUCUAAUCUCAACCAGUCUUUUGUGCAGAAAGAACUUCCUAACCAAGGAACCUCGAAAAUGACUGCAGGAAGUGCUGGGUUUCCACCUACACGAACUGGACCCCAACAGGGUCCAGAGAUAUGCAGAGGAAAGACUGCUCCAGUGUUUGAGGAUAUGAGAACCAAACGGAAGGAUGGAAAGCGAACAGGUGGUAUGAGAGGAGGAGCUGCAAUGCCAAAGGUGGAUCGCAAAAGUAGGAAAAGGGGUCGGAAGCAGACAGUUGAAUCGAGUGAAAGCUCUGAUACUUCAACCAGUGUCGAGACAGAAGAUGUGGAGAUUGAAAAUGGAAACAAUCCACCUGCUGGACAAGGAACUGGACUUGAUGCCUAUGGCGCUAGGAGAUCAUCUCGGCGUCGGCAGAAUGUUUCAUACAAUGAAGGUGUAAGUGAUGAUGAGAAUGAUUUGGCAAGCCAUCUGAAGAAGGUGCGGUCUAACCAGUCAGCUGGAGAUAGUAAACCUCAGCAGAAAGAAGAUGUUGGUGGUGAUAAUCAAAGACAUGCAUGUGCAACUAGGCCAUGCAGUAAUUCUGUGGAAAGAUUAAAUCAAAAUGGAUUGGGCUGUCCUGAAAGGGAUGUGCAAACCAACAAUUUUAAAAUUGGGACUGUUAAUGGACAGGCUUCCAGACCGCCAUCAGGGGGUACCAAAAAUAUUGAACUUCUCGUUGAUUCUGAUUCCGAACCAGAUGCCAUUUCUGAUAGUAAUCCUGCACAGGUGUAUGAUUAUCCUGAUCCUGAAUUCAGUGAUUUUGACAAGCACAAAGCAGAAAAUUGCUUUGCAAUUGACCAAAUCUGGGCUUGCUAUGAUACGGAGGAUGGUAUGCCAAGAUUC